CGUGGCGCUGUUAGGUGUUUCAAAUUUAACGAACAACUACUGAACCUACGAUAAAAAGGGAACACCUCUGAUAUUUACUUGCGUCUUUGGAGGCAUUACCUUGAGCAGUACACUUUAUCUGUUAAUUUAAAAUUAUGAAGCUUAAAGAAAUAGAAUCUGCAUUACAGCAAGUACCCAAUUUUACAAAACCGAUAAUUACUCUAGAGCAGUAUACCACCCCGGCAAAGCUAGGCUCUUUGGUCCUGCAUUAUAUGGACUUGAAUGGAGACAUACAAGGUUUGGAGCUAGCUGACUUGGGCUGUGGUUGCGGAAUAUUUACCUUGGGUUGUUAUUUGCUGGGUUCCAGAAAGGUGUUAGCAGUUGACAUAGAUCAGGACGCUUUGGAGCUUUGUGAGAAGACUUUAAAAAAAUUUAUUUCUGAUCAAAGGGAAAAAGUAACUUUAAUAAACGCGGACGUGCUGACUUUGCUUGGAGACGUAAAGUACGAGAGUUGUGUCGACGUUGUCGUUAUGAACCCCCCCUUCGGAACUAAGAAUAAUAGAGGGCUGGAUAUGAAAUUUCUUCGGGUGGCCGCGUUUAUGGCAAGGUCUACUCGAUGCACAAGUCAUCCACUCGCCAAUACGUAGCACGCACAGCGCAGAGAAGUUGGGGCUUACAUCCUAAACUUGUUGCCGAUUGCGUGAAAUUCAAUUUACCUGCAACUUAUAAAUGCCACCAGAAGAAGAGUGUAGACGUGACUGUGGAUUUAUUUUGUUUUGAAUGUGGCCAGAAAG